AUGCAUGUUGAUGCAGAAACUAUCUCCUCGUCUAAUCCCUGGGAGAAAUUAGAUGAUGCAAUGGUAGAAAGACUAUUUUUACUGAUUCCCAUAUCUGAAAUCUUUGCUCAUUGUCAGUUUGUUAGUAAGAGAUGGAAUUCAGUAAUUCAUUCUCCAACCUUUUCGAUCGUCUCGAAACGGCCACCAUGGUUUAUAAUAUUUGAUGUAGCAAAUAGCAAUUGCCUUGUUUACGAUAUGGAAGUUUCUGAUUAUCGCCGACCAUGUUUCAUUGAUAAUUUUCGGAUACCUACUGAACUUGGUGGAAAACUAGGCCAUCCAUUUGCUUCAUCUGGUGGAUUAGUAUGUUUUUUUGGUCCAAGUGAAAUUGAAAACUUGAUUGUUUGCAAUCCAUUUCGUGGGUUAGUUAGAAGCUUACCUAAAUUUUGUGUGACUAAAAAAGAAUAUGUUAGAGGAAUCGCAAUUCAUGCACUAGGCUCUAAUUACAAGGUUUUUAUAGUUCAUGGCAUAUGGCCAGAUUUGGGUAUGAACUUUUUUUCAUCAGAAGAUAAGGAAGGUAACUGGAUUCAAUUACCGUUAAAUAACCUAAAACAAGUAUAUGAAUCGAUGUCAUUAUUACAAAGAGAAGUUCUUAAUGAUGAUAAUGAUCUUGUACAGUUCAAAGGUGUGACUAGUUUGGGUAAAGAAGGACAAAUUUUGGUUUAUUUCAUCAUCUUAAAGGGAAUCAUACUUUGUUUUGAUACCCUAAAAUAUACAAUUUGUAAGUACCCAAGAUUACUAGGACGAGAAUUUGUAGCAAUAGACAUGGCUGUAUGUUGUGGGAAAGUUUAUCUUGUGGUACUUAUGGAACCAUUAGUUGGCAUAUCUACGUCAACUUCUCAUGUUGAAAUUCCAAGAAGAACAUUACGCAUCUGGGAAUUCGCCGAUGAGUCAAGAGAAUGGAAGCAUACUUCAGCAAUGCCAUCAAACAUGUGUCAAGAGUACGACAUUGAAGCUCAUCUCAUUUGUGCUGGUCAUGACGAUUAUAUAAUGGUUUGUAUCAACUCCACACAUGAUAAUAUCUUCCACCAAAUAUUGUUAUAUAACAUCAAGAAGAAUACUUGGUCUGAGCUUGUACCUGAUUUUGACGAUGAUAACUUGAGAAUAGUUUGGGGUUAUUGUUUCAAGCCAGAUAUUGAUGCUAAAGUAUAG